UCAUUUGUAGAGAUUACAGUUCACUUGUAAUUUCAUCUAGAAACUGCUAUGGCAACCAAAGCUAUUGGGAUGGUGAUAGCCGCUUUCAUUGGCCUAUUCAGCAUUAUGAAUUCAUUUACGAACAGAUGACCAUGGACUUUAUAUUUGAACGUGCUCACGCCCCUCAGCGCCAUGGUGCCGCCGUCGGGGCUGCAGCUGGCCGCCUGCCUGGUGAACGUCUCCUGCGGUCGCCGGCCGGCCGCCGUGGCGCGGCUGGCGGCCGCUCCGCUGCGCGCCGCCGCUGGCUCGCCGCUGUGGGACGCCGCGGCGGCGCGCCGGCUGACGGAGCGGGGCGGCCUGCGCGCGCCCGUCACCGUGCUCAGCGUGUUCCCGGACACCGACUACGACCGGACCGUGUACACGGUGGCCGGCCCGCUGGCCACGCUCGGCGCCGGCGUGCUGUCGCUCUGCCGCGAGGCCUGUGAGCUGGUGGACCUGCGGCACCACGCCGGCAACCACCCGUGUCUGGGCGCCGUGGACCUGGUGCCCUUCCACCCGCUGAGCGAGGACGUCACUCUGGAGGACUGCGCCCGGCUGGCCCGCGCGGUCGGUGACCAGCUGACCGCCCUGGUGCCCGGCACGUCCUGUUUCUGGUUCGGCGAGGCGGACCCUCUGCGCCGCUCGCUGCCGCUGCGCCGCAGACAGGUGGGCUGGUUCCAGCGGCGGCCGGUCGCAGCGGAGAUCGACAGAGGGACGCCCGACCCGCGGCUCGGGGUCACAGGAAUUGGCGCCAUUCCGUACAUGACCAACUACAACGUCACCCUGGACACUGCCGACCUGGCGGUGGGCAGGGAGGUCGCCGCCGAGCUGAGGGCCACGGCGCCCGGCGGGAUGCCAGGCGUUCAGGCGAUGGCGUUCGUCCACGGGGGCCGUGUCGAGGUCGCCUGUAACCUGGACACGCUGCCCUCCGGCGCCCCGGAGCCGACGGCCGUGGAGGCGCGCGUCCGCCAGCUGGCGGCGGCGCGCGGCGCUCAGCUGACGCCCGACUCGCGGGUGGUGGGGUUCACCCGCGCGGGAGCCGCGCGCGCCGCCUGGGAGGCGCUCAGCAGCGGCGACGGCGAGGCCUGGAGGCUCCGGCGCGGAGCGCACAUGUGAGUGGUGUGAGGCGCAGUAGAGGUAACCCGAGGGACGGCGGAGGGGGUACUACAGUCAGACGGGACGGGGUACGGGACUCUGUGACUGUGACUGUGCAGCAGUUGUUACUGUUCGUUGAACAGGGAGUAGUGGGAAGUGGCUAUAACUUUGGCUGCGCGCUGUGUGUGGCUACGGGCCACACUGUAACCGGCUGUGUUCGUGAGCCGACUUGCCGUUAUAGCAGUACGUUGGCAUGGUAAUUGGUAUUAUAGCUGAUCUGAUGACGGGGUAUUAGAACAGUGCAAUACGGGGAUUUACACAUAUAUUGGUUAGGUGGUAUUACUAUACACUUAUACAGUAGGGUUCAGUGAAGUGCGACAUGUUACGAUGCUGCCGAUUUUGUCGGCAUCAACCGUUUCGGGGACGCCUUUAACCGUAUCGUUGUUUUCAUACGAAACAUUUUGCGUUGGUUAGGUCAGUGGCGGAUCCAGGGGGGGGGGGGGCAAAAUGGGCAUUUGCCCCCCCCCCAACGGCAUAAUUUUAACCCGCGCCCCGUAGGGGGGGGGGCCGAAACGGCCCCCCCUGUCCUUUUCGGUCGAUAUCUCCUAAACGGCUGGAGAUAUCGCCACCAAACUUUCAGGACCCCUCCGGGCAUCAAUUUUACACAUUGUGACCAAAAAUUUUCCAGAGGCUAUGAUAGGUUGGCCACAAAUGACGUCAGAGUGACGUCAUGUUCUAUCAUUUUCGACCGAAAAAAGACCUUCGCGAGAAGACCUGUCAGGACUACAGCUUUGAAGAUACAGAAAAAUGAUCAGACAUAAAAGGUGUAGAAUUGACAGGGCUACAAAACUGCUAUCUCGAAUUUUUGAAAUUUUUGAGUUUUGACCCCCAAAAAUCAAAAAAAACAUUUUUUUGGAUAUAUUCGCCAAAAAAUCCAAAAAGUUUUUUUGAGUUUCGAAAAAAAACCGGAAUAUAUGUGAUAGUGCCUACCGUCUUCUAUCUACAUACCAAAUUUCAGAUCGAUACCUCGUUUUUUGGCCAAGUUAUAGCGAAAAAACUGUUCAAAAAUGAUGACGUCAAAUUUUCAAACUCAAUUUUUGGCAAUUGUAGAACUCGUAGAGCAAAACGAAGACCACCAUUAGACUCCCCGUGACGAGCUGCAUCGAAUCGAUACCCAUUUUAUGCAAAAAUAUCAACUUUGAAAUUUGACCUAAUUUGACCUGACCUUGACCUGACCUUCACAAAAACGUGACCUAGGCUGGCCCCAAAGGCUGCCUAACCCACAUAAUCGCAUUUGUCAUGUAAAAUGGACCAUAAAACAUGUAUCACACGACACAUUCAUAUUGUGACCCCGGUGACCUGACCUCGCUGUGACCUGACCUGGUAUCAGUGACCUCAGAUAGCAAAGUAUGUGUUUGGCGAACAAUGUACCAUCGAUGGUUUUCAACAAAUUACCAAUUUACUCGCUUUCACAGCACAUUUCUUGAAUUGCCUGUGAACGGUGAAAAUCUGACCUUUGACCUGACCUGUGACGUCAUCGGUUUGACCUAGGUCAAUGAAAUUUGGUCACAAGGUAGUUCCCGGGUGGGGCUAUCGAACGCCGUUUGAAUUUUGAAAAUCGGCCGGUAACUUUCCGAGAUCUUAGGGGGGGGCCGAAACGCCCCCCCCCCCCCCCCCCUACGGAUGGUAGGGUCCGCCGGUAGCCCUACGGGGCGCGGGUUAACAUUACGCCUAUGGACGAGGCAUGGAAAGAAUCGAUAAAUUGUUAUGGUUUGCCCCCCCCCCCAAAAAAAAACCUGAGCUGGAUCCGCCUCUGGGUUAGGUAUCUAUUAUUGCUAGUGUUAUGCGGUGUGCUUAUGAAUAUACUUGUAACAAUUUCUGAACGCCGCAGAUUUCGCUUGCUGUCGGAUUUGAACACUAUCGGACGCUUUGUAUUUCGGGCUCUUUCCUUCAGAGGUGUCUUUUGGUAUACCCUGGCGUAUGUCGGCUUUAAAAAUCAAGAAACUUACCUUUUCAGUUCCAAAUU